CCAGACUCCGGGGCCGCAGAGAGCUUCCCGCGUGUCGGGCGCUCGGAGUCCCCGUAGCCGGAGAGGGGCCAGGACUCUAGAGGUCCGGGGGGUGCCUGUGGAAUCCAGUGCCUCUGGCUUCCCGGGUCCCCCGCAGCGGGAGCCCCAGAGACGCGCUCAGCCCCGGACCGCCGAGGAACGAGAUUCCACCAUGGGCAGCAAAACCUUGCCAGCGCCAGUGCCCAUCCAUCCCUCCCUGCAGCUCACCAACUACUCCUUCCUUCAGGCAGUAAACGGCCUGCCCACGGUGCCCUCGGACCACCUGCCCAACCUGUAUGGUUUCAGUGCUCUGCACGCUGUGCACCUGCACCAGUGGACGCUGGGCUACCCGGCCAUGCACUUGCCACGAUCCUCUUUCUCCAAAGUGCCCGGGGCCGUGUCCAACCUGGUGGACGCGCGCUUCCAGCUGCCUGCCUUUCCCUGGUUCCCCCAUGUCAUCCAGCCCAAGCCUGAGAUCACCGCUGGAGGCAGCGGCCCCGCGGCACUCAAGACCAAGCCGCGCUUUGAUUUUGCCAACCUGGCCUUGGCCGCCACGCAAGAAGAUCCAUCCAAGCUUGGCCGGGGGGAGGGUCCCGGCUCCCCUGCUGGUGGGCUGGGUGCCCUCCUGGAUGUGACCAAGCUAUCACCAGAAAAGAAGCCCACGAGAGGACGCCUGCCUUCCAAGACCAAGAAGGAGUUCGUCUGCAAGUUCUGUGGUCGCCACUUCACAAAGUCCUACAACCUGCUUAUCCAUGAGCGGACGCACACGGAUGAGCGGCCCUACACCUGUGACAUCUGCCACAAAGCCUUCCGGAGGCAAGACCACCUACGGGAUCACAGAUAUAUUCACUCCAAAGAAAAGCCUUUCAAGUGUCAAGAGUGCGGGAAAGGAUUCUGCCAGUCCAGGACUCUCGCUGUUCACAAGACGCUACACUCACAGGUGAAGGAGCUCAAAACCUCCAAGAUCAAAUGCUAAAGAGAGCCUCCGGGUCAACAGAGCUCUGGGUCACGCCGACCCCUCCUCCAGAGGGACCAGAAGCCGGAAGGCGAC